AUGGGUUUCCAAGCCUUGAAAACCGCCUCAAUCCAUCGCUGGAUAGGCUCUGUCGACCCAACACAGCCAGACGCCGAAAACGACGACCUCCAGCCUCGAGCCAAGCGUGUGCGAAGCGACGACCUCCAGCCUCGACCCAAGCGUGCGAGGACCGACGACGUCCAGAGAGCCAAAUGCGCGCGGAUCGAUGCUUCAAGCAGCGAGACUGGCGAUACGGCCCCGACUUGCGCUCUUCCCAAUACUCCUUCACCUACAGACCCGACCAUGUCGUAUACGCAAGGAGGUAGAAAGAGGAACAAUAGCGAUGACACCUCAUUGUGGAACGCUGCUGCUACACCUCCCCUUCAACCUGAAGGAACGUCACAGUCGUCGUCGCAAUCUACAAAAGGUAACAAACGAUCCAGACCGAAUCCCACCAAGACAAGAUCCACCUUGGCGCUGCUUGAUACACCCGUUAAUAUUAAGGCGCUAAACAUUGAUACGCUUGCCAGCCUACCCGCCGACAUCGAACCUCUCUACAGAAAGAUACACGCUGGCGUCUCUUGGAGGCAACGGAUCGUACCGGCUGAGGUUCAACACAGAAUGGAGAAGAAGUUCAAGGACCGACUCCCUGACUAUAUAUUCUGCGACCCGGUUUCCGACGGGCCUGAAGCGGAAGGGGAAGAGCUACAUAGGUUCAGAUCACUGUGUGAUAUCCUCAUAGACACCGGCGAGGCUAAUAAGCACCAGGUUCACGAGGACUACUGGAAUAUGAUGGUAAAUUCGCCGCUUCUCCGUCUCGUGUUCAAGAGACGGGAGAAAGGAGAGCAAGAGGUUGUUGCCCGCUACCUUCCCGCCAUGUCAUUAGCAAUCGCGUCGGAUUCGUCCCCGUGGUUCACGUCCGAAGAACUAGAUGUCAACCUCAGUUCCCAGCAAUGCGACGAUAGGGACGCAUCAACGCGAGAUUCUGGUGGGACCCCUUGCAACUGCAGCCAAACGGAGCAGACGGGACAGACCUGGUUUACGGGACAGACCAACAGAGGUAGAGAUGGUAAGAAGGUCGACUACCUGGUGGUCCUGGAAAUCGAUGAGGAAGCAGAGCUCCACAAAGCCAUUGCUGCGCUCGUCAAUAGGCUGUCGCUGAAAGAUGGGAUCGUGGUCCUGUCACAUGUGAACCAAUCUACUUACGCUGCUAUCACGUAUAAGCCUAUCGCCGCGUCUGUGGAGACGAAGAGACAACUUCCAUCAUCAGACGCCCUGGUACAGCUUGCCAUCUGGAUCGCUACUUGGUAUAAACGUAUGCACAACUUACGCUGGGAGCUGAGCCUAUCAAAGCUGGCCAAUUGGCCGGAUGCUCAGCCUGAUGGCGGCCAGCCAGAUGCCGCCCACCAGAACCACGAGGAUAGAGAUGAGAGUGCACGUCCUGUCGUCCUUGGCUCUACGAGGGACAUCAUAAGUCUGCAUGCUUUGGUCGCUUCUCUCGAGGCCGUAAAGCGCUGGAUCGAAACAUAA